AAAAAAAAAAGUAGUAGCGGUAACGAUGACAAAUUUCAAUAGGAGGAAUUGGAUACACAAUUUCCCAAUAUGCUACGGAAUCAUUGUUCAACUUGAAAAAUGAAAAAGAAGAAUUGAGCAAAUUCAAAUCUUUUUGGGAAACCCAUUCAGAAGUUUGUUUGUUUAUAGGGAAAUUUCCAAUUUCAGACAUGUUUCGACCAAAUUUUCUAAAACAAAUCCUUUUCCUUCAUAUUCAUCAUGAUCUUCUCGCUUCCUCUAUCGAAUCUUCUUCAAACCGUCAAAAUUGCUGAUUCAGACUCCGCGCGAUAUUCUAUUCUAUUGUCACCAUUAUCAUUAUCGUUAUCUUCUUCACGUUUCCCAAUAAACCCUCUCUCUAUUUGGGCCCUCAUUUUCCCAUUUUCCUUUCCAAAUUCCACUUCCGUUUUCUUUUUUCUCUUCUUCGUUCCUUUGUCUUCUCCUUUGGAUCAGCGGCUUCUUUUCUGUUUUGCUGAUUGUUCUGCCGGUUCUGUUCUUGUGUUUUCUGUCGGUUGUUUCAUGGGUUUUGAGGUUUGUUCAUUUGGUGUAGCGGGUUUUCUUAUUUGGGGAUCUAAUUUCUAGGUUUCCAAAAAUUGUGACAGGUUGGUUGGUGAGUUUUGUAAUUUGAAGGUUGAUUGAUAUAUUGGGGUUGCUUGUACGUUUUCACGAAUUAAAUUUUGGGUUUCGUAAUGGGGUUUCUUUGGAAUUGAGAAUCCCAUUGUUGUUGUACAAGAUCAGAUUGAGUUCUUUGCCAUAUUCAGGUUUCCUUUUGACAUUUUCAUUGUUCUUCUCUUUUGAUGACCAUUUUUCUAUUUCUCUUACUAAUUUAUUCUGAAGAGUUGAAGAGUUGAGUGUUCUGUUGAAUUUGAAGCAAUUUUAGUUGAUUUCUUCAUUCUUAAUUCAUUUUGGGGAUCUCUUUUUGUUCCCAUUGAUCAUAGCUAUUGUAUUUCUGUUCGUAGAAUUGAAUCCCUUUUAGUUGACUUGUUGUGCCAUAUACUUCUUUAUUCUUGUAACAUAUUCCAUUCUUUGUGUCACACUUAUAGCCUCAGAUAACUUUUUAGUCUAUUAGUUUGUAACUGAUUGAUUUCAGAUCCUGUCGAGAAUUAUGGAAAUUAGUAACGAGGCUAGUGUUGGCUCCUUUUCUAUCGGGCCUUCAACCAUUGUAGGUCGAACAAUUGCUUUUAGGAUUCUAUUUUGCAAAUCGGUGUUGCAAUUGAGGUAUCAACUAUUUCGUGUAUUGCUAAAUGUCAUAUAUAGAUUUAGGGCUCUUGUUGCGCCCAUAUUAUCAUGGAUACAUCCUAGAAAUCCGCAAGGGAUAUUGGCAAUGGUGACGAUUAUUGCUUUCUUGUUGAAACGGUACACCAAUGUCAAAGAAAGGGCCGAAUUGGCUUACCGUAGGAAGUUUUGGAGAAACAUGAUGAGAUCUGCUUUGACCUAUGAGGAGUGGGCUCAUGCUGCCAAGAUGCUUGAUAAAGAGACUCCGAAAAUGAAUGAGUCGAACCUCUAUGAUGAAGAGUUGGUGAGGAACAAGCUUCAAGAGCUACGACACCGUCGCCAAGAGGGAUCUCUUAGAGAUAUUAUAUUUUGGAUGAGAGCUGAUCUCUUCCGAAAUCUUGGCAAUAUGUGCAAUCCUGAAUUACACAAGGGUAGGCUUCAAAUUCCCAAACUCAUAAAGGAGUAUAUAAAUGAGGUUUCAACUCAGUUGAGAUUAGUUUGCGACUCGGAUUCGGAGGAAUUAUUAUUGGAAGAGAAGCUCUCAUUCUUGCAUGAAACGAGGCACGCAUUCGGUAGAACAGCCCUUCUCUUAAGUGGAGGUGCUUCACUUGGGGCUUUCCAUACAGGAGUUGUCAAGACUCUGGUAGAGCAUAAACUUUUGCCAAGAAUUAUUGCUGGUUCUAGUGUGGGAUCCAUCAUGUGUGCUGUUGUUGCCACUAGGUCCUGGCCUGAGCUGCAGAGCUUUUUUGAGGAUUCUUGGCAUUCGUUACAGUUUUUUGACCAGUUGGGCGGUAUUUUUACUGUGGUAAGGAGGGUAAUGAUACAAGGUGCUGUUCAUGAGAUACGACAACUACAAAUGAUGUUAAGGCAGCUUACUAGCAACCUAACUUUCCAGGAAGCUUAUGACAUGACAGGUAGAAUUCUUGGGAUAACGGUAUGUUCCCCCAGGAAGCACGAGCCGCCUAGAUGUCUUAACUACUUAACAUCACCUCAUGUUGUGAUAUGGAGUGCUGUGACGGCAUCUUGUGCAUUCCCUGGCCUUUUUGAGGCACAAGAAUUAAUGGCCAAGAACAGAAGUGGCGAGAUUGUUCCCUAUCAUCCGCCAUUCAAUUUGGAUCCAGAGGAGGGUUCAGGCACAUCAGCACGUCGGUGGAGAGAUGGAAGCUUGGAGAUUGAUUUACCAAUGAUUCAAUUGAAAGAAUUGUUCAAUGUUAACCAUUUUAUUGUCAGUCAGGCAAAUCCCCAUAUUGCACCAUUAUUACGAAUGAAAGAAUUCAUUAGAGCUUGUGGUGGAAAUUUUGCUGCCAAGCUCGCUCAUCUUGCUGAAAUGGAGGUAAAGCAUAGAUGCAACCAGGUUUUGGAACUUGGCUUUCCAUUGGGAGGAAUCGCAAAGCUUUUUGCUCAAGAUUGGGAAGGAGAUGUCACCGUCGUCAUGCCUGCUACUCUUGCUCAGUACUCGAAAAUUAUACAGAAUCCCACGCAUUUGGAUCUUCAGAAGUCGGCCAACCAAGGUAGGAGGUGCACCUGGGAGAAGCUGUCAGCAAUAAAAGCCAAUUGUGGGAUUGAGCUUGCUCUAGACGAAUGUGUUGCAAUUCUCAACCAUAUGCGGAGGUUGAAAAGGAGUGCUGAAAGGGCGGCUGCUGCUGCUGCCGCUACGGCCUCACAUGGUCCUCCGAUACCAGUCAAGUUCAGUGCUUCGAGAAGAAUUCCCUCCUGGAACUGCAUCGCACGAGAAAACUCAACUGGUUCUCUUGAAGAAGAAUACCUUGCUGAUAUUACUUUGACGCACAAUCAAGGUGUUGGUGGGUCAAUAGGUACAGGAUCCUCCGGUAGAAUGUUGCGAACUCACCGCAAUAUGUUUGAUGGUAGCGAUAGCGAAUCGGAAAAUAUUGAUUUGAAUACUUGGACUAGAUCUGGCGGGCCAUUAAUGAGGACAGCAUCAGCUAAUAAGUUUAUAGACUUUGUUCAGAAUUUGGAUCUUGAUGACCUCAACAGAGGUUUGGUAGCUAAUUCCAAUGUGCUUCAGACAGUUGGUGGUAGUCAAAAUUCUCAGAGUCCCCGAACCAUGUCGGAGCGUAGUUCAGAGAGCCCAGAUUUUGACCCUCGGGAGCUUAGCAAUCGUGUUUCUUCUAGCAUUCUUUUAACUGAAGGAGACUUUUUGCAACCUGAAAGAAUACCGAAUGGGAUCGUGUUCAACGUUGUAAAGAAGGAAGAUUUGACUUUGACCAGUAGGAGUCACGAUUCAGAAACUCAAAACAGUGAAGUUGAAUGCUUGCAAGUCGACCGUUCGGAACAGUAUGUUGAUGCUAGCUCAGCAUCUGAUUAUGAUGGGAAUGAAGAAGAUGCUACGCCGAAGGGCUUCUUACAAGAAUCAUUGACCAUAAACAAUUUGGUGAAUCGUUCAGAGGAGCAACAAGAUGGCCAUGAUCAUAUUUCCAUGGAUUCUUAAUCUCAUCCAAAGUAGGAGAUGGGAAGAACGAAGGACUUGAUACAAAUUCUGCUAAUCACACUGAAAUAUAUACAAAGUAGUUUUGAGGAAUUUGAUAGUGAAAUUGUGUACAUGUCAAAAGUGGUUGCUAGGAUUGUCAUCGAUGUAUGGUGGCCAUAUUUACUAUAUUUCUCAAGUACAUAGGCCUACAGAAGUAAUUGCAAAUCAAUUGUUUCACAAAAUGUACUUCUAAGUAAUUGCAAAGCAAUUAUUUACAGAAGUUUUGAUAAUUUGAGAGGUCGUUCAAAAUA